AGGUGUUCUUAAAACAUUUGUUUUUAAGCAAGUGUCAGUGUCAAAGUGCCAGUGUUCCCUCCUUGAUCUAAUCCAAAAUCCAGCCACACCUCUCUCCUUAUCUUGCAAGAACAAAAAUAAAAACCAGCAACAACCGCUCAAUCCAAAAUUUGCAACGGUAAAGGGAAAAAAGAAGACAUGGGAAGGAUAUUUGUGGUGGAGUUAGAAGGCAGAUCUUACAGAUGCAAGUAUUGUGGUACCCACUUGGCCCUUCCAGUUGAUCUAGUCUCAAGGUCUUUCCAUUGCCGCCGAGGAAAGGCAUACCUCUUCAAUAACGUGGUAAACAUCAUAAUUGGAGCCUUAGAGGACAGAGCGAUGCUUUCAGGAAUGCAUACUGUUGCAGAUAUAUUUUGCUGCUGUUGUGGACAAAUUAUUGGCUGGAAAUAUGAGGCAGCACAUGAAAAGAGUCAAAAGUAUAAAGUAGGGAAGUUUGUUCUUGAAAGAGGGAGGAUUGUCGAUGAAAUGGACUUGUCGACGGGAGUCUUUGUGGAUACACAUUCCAGUAUGAGUGACGGAGAAGAUGUUUAAGUUCUAACUUCAACUUUGUGAAGUAGUUGUGCAAAAUAAUAUAGUAGGAAGCGAGACACUUCUUUUGAGCAAAUGUGUAAACUCUUAAUUGUUGAGGAGAAAUUUCAUUAUCUUGCUGGACGCAUAAAUCUUGCAGGGUGUAAAAUGGUCUAAUUUGCAAUAUCAUAAUUAGUGAUUCUGUGCUUA